ACAUUUUAUACAGUAUACAUUUUACUGCAUACUUGGACACCACAGUAUUUCAUAAUAAUGUCGUCGGCGACAAACGGACAGAACCUUUUGCAGUGGAUAAGGAAUCGAGAAUUAAACGAUGACAUCCGCACAAGGUAUGCAUUGAGAAGUAGCUUUGAUUACCAUUGUAUUUCAAAACUGGGAUUAACCGCUCGAUUAGUAGCACAUGAAGGAGUUGUGAAUUGCCUACAAUGGAAUGAAAGUGGAAGCAUCUUAGCAUCAGCAUGUGAUAACCAUCAAGUAAUACUUUGGGAUCCAUUAUCACGAAAUGUUAUAACUACUAUUGAAACUGAACACGGUGCCGGCAUAUUGUCUGUUAAGUUUAUACCUGGAUGUAAUAAUGAUACACUUGUGACUGGAUCUGCUGAUUGGAGUUCACAUACAUAUAAUGUACCAACGCGUCAAAUAUUAAGCAGUUGCACUUGUUAUCAAGGAAAAAUCAACAGUCUAGCUGUAGCAAAUGAUUCGCCUUUUCUUUAUUGGUGUGCCUCAGAGGAUGGAUGCAUUAGCCAACAUGAUAGGAGAGAAAGCCAUGAAUGUCCUACCGAAAAAUCUAAAACUACGUUAGUGACAAUAUGUGAUAAUUUGGGGAAAAAGAUUGAAGCUAAAUGCUUAGAUAUUAACCAACAUAAAACCGAGCAGCUUGCAGUUGGUGCUAAUGACCAAUAUGUGAGAUUAUACGACCUCAGAAUGAUUCAAUCGCUGUCAUCAUUUGAUGUGAAACGUCCUUCGGAAUAUGUAUCAUCAUAUGGUGGCAAUAAUGUUAACAAUGCUCUCCAAUAUUUUGUACCCGGUCACAUCCAUUCAAAUGAUAAUGAAACAAAAAAACAAAAAAAAUAUGUAAUUUCUUAUUUGACUUUUAGUCCUGAUGGACAAGAGUUAUUGGCUAAUUAUUUCGGUGAAUAUGUAUACUUAUAUAACUUAGUGGAUCGUGCUGAUAAUGCAUUUUUAAACAUCCCUAAAGUUAAGAAAGUUCCUCGAGAAAAUGGAGAGGGUUCUUCUACAGAUUUCAUAGAUGAUCAAGUUCCUGUUCCUCAUUUGACUCUACCAGAUAAUGUAGCUCAAUUAAAAUUAAAGGCAAAUUAUUUAUUUGAAAAACGAGAAUAUACUGGUGCUAUUGUCAUUUAUAAUGAAGCUAUAAAUAUUCAUAAAUGCAGUGAACUGUUUUCGAAUAGAGCUGCAGCCUAUAUUAAAAGAAAGUGGCAUGGAGACAUGUACGCAGCUCUCAAAGAUUGCGUGACUGCAUUAAAAUUGGAGCCUAACCAUAUGGAAGCACAUUUUCUGUUGACAAAUUGCUUGUUCGAACUGGACAUGUUAAAAGAAUCUGAAAUGUAUUUAGAUCAGUUCACAAUGAACUACCCAUCAUAUAAAACUAGUGCCGCAUACAAAUGUCUUUAUAGUGAUUUAUUAAAUGCACAAUCUUAUAAUACGGAUAUAUUUAAUGAAAAAAAAUUGCUUGAAACAUUGAAUUCUACAUCAAAUGUUCUAGAUGUGUUACAUAUUGAAGAAGCCCACAGGAUAACUUUUGAGAAAUACUUUCGUAAUCAGGCAAAAGAUUACCAACGGAGAUAUUAUGGGCAUGUUCAUUUUUUUAGUGACAACAAACAAGCUAAUUUUUUUGGAAGUCGAAAUCAAUUCAUUGUAGCUGGUUCAGAUCAAGGUUUAUUUUUUUUAUGGGAAAAAAAUACAGAGAAGAGUUUGCUCACACUGAAAGGGGAUCCUUGCAUGGUAAAUUGUAUACAACCACACCCUUCAGAAUUAUUGUUGGCAACUAGUGGUCAUGGUAAUAAAGUUAAAUUAUGGAGUCCAUUGCCAGAAAAUGAUCCAUAUUUAACGGAUGAAUCUAGGAGAGGAACUAUGUUAUGCCAAAGAUAUUUGAUGAACUAUUAAUGUGAUUAAUAUGGAAUUUAUAAAUUAACUAAUGUGUUUAAUGAUAGUCUAAAGAUUUGAUA